GACGUGGGUCGCGCAAGGGCGAGCACCUCGCGCCUGGCGACCGAGCGGCUGCUGGCCUCGAUGACGACGACGACAUCGCAGCCGACUCACGUCGCGAAGCGGGCCGCCCAGCUGGUGAGUGGCACCACGGCGAGACCUGGCCGACGGCUGCCACGUCGGGCCCGAGGAAGGGCCAGCCGCCGAUCAUCGAGGUCGAGAUGGACGGGCUGGCGACGUUCAAGGUGCUCGGCCAGGCAGCGCAGGGCGACGGCACGGUUCCCGACCCGAUGCACGGCGAGUCCCCGCCUCUUUGGGAGGCCGCCUACAUGGGCGCGGAGAAGCCCGCCCAGCGGAGGGAGCUCGCCUCGGCGUUCGAUGAUCCGGCGAGGUUUCCAGUGCUGCACUUCUGCUCGGUGGCGGUUCAUGCCGACGAGCGCCGCCUGGGCGAGGGCCUGGUCGACGCGCAGGUGCUGCAUGUGGGUCGCUGGCGCUGCGCCGCGCUGCCGUUCCGCGGCCACAAAGGCGAGGAGCUCACGCGCGACCAGGAGGACCAGGCCAUCGCGGACGCCAGGCGCGCGCAGGGCAGGCCAGCGAAGCGGAGCUCGCCCCCUGGGCCACCCCCUGGUCAUCGGGGAGAGCGCGGGACGGGCGCCGACGGCUCCAAGUCGGACGCCCGCCGCGAGGGGCCCGGGGGCGGCGCGUCGGCUCACGCCCGCGAUCGAGGGCUGAGCGCGCGACUGGGCGAGCUGCGCGAGCGCGCUGCCCAGCGCGGCCGCCCCGCAGGCAGGGGCGGGAGGCCGCGGUCUGCGCCAGCGAGGAUCCGCUCCAACAGUCCCGAGGACGAGGGGGGGCGAGGAGCCCUGGUCGAGGCAAGGAGCGCUGAGAGGAGCCACUCGCCUCGCCGGGAGACGGCCCGCGACAGAGCGCCCAGUGCACCUGCCGAGGGCCGCGCCAGCCUCAGCAGCAAGAUCCUGGACAAGGCCAAGUCGAGAGGCACCAGCUCUCAGCGCGGCAGCUCUGCAGGCGGAGGUGGAAGCUCUCGCGGCUCGCCUCCACGCAAGGCGAAGCGCGAGAAGAAGAAGAAGCGCCGCGAGGAGUCUGACGGCAGCGCGUCGAGUGAGGGGUCGUCGUCGAAGCGUUUUCACGACGCCCGCCUCUCCGCGCGCGACAAGGCCAAGCGCCUUGUGGAGAGGAAGCCGGGCGUUAUCACGGAGCGCGCCUUGACGAAGAUGCGCAGCUACCUCGUCAGCAAGGGGCGCGCGGUCGAGGACGACGCGGCGCCGCGCAUGCUGAACUACUUCACCAGCGUGUACCUGCCGAGCUGCCAGGGCAAGCUUCGCGCUCGCAACGAGCUCGAGAUGCGCACACUGGCAACAGCGGUCGACGCAGUUCUCGAAGCCGAUCUGGGGACUGCCACGGACGCGCUGAUCCAGCAGCGCAAGUCCAUCGAGCAGCUCCACGCCGACGGGGGCACGUGGAAGGUGGCUCGGCAUGCCUCGGUGGUCGGCGACGGUCGCGUCAGCAUCGCGGACGAUCGCGAGCGCGAAGCCUUCCUCAGGAACGAGAAGAGGGACAUGCACUACCGCAAGCUGGAGGGCCAGGCGACGCGAGAGGCGGCGGAGACGGACCAAGCUCGGGCGCCUGGCUGCUCCACGCCAGCAGCCCAGCGCGGUGGCCAGGCGUGCCCUGGGCUUGAGGCCCUUCGAGGGCUGAUCGAUCCAGCCGAGCUGUCGGGCCUGGGGCUGCCAGCCAUUGGCCCCCUCCUCGCCCGCUGCCCCCCCCUCAGGGCGUCACCAGGGGUCGGUUGCAGCGCGGCAGCCUCGCACGGCCGCGGCUCCAUGCCGAUGGCUGUCGGGGGAGAGAGCGGGUGGAGCGAGGAGCACGGGCAGAGUGCAGCCUGCAGCCUACAGCAGCUCGAGCGUGAGGGAGACGACGUGGGCCGCCACCGAGCCCACCCUGUCCCUGACGGGCUGGAGGUCUGGCUCGAGCUGGUCAUGCGAGCGCUUAACACCAUGUGGUCGGCACGGCGCUCUUGCUGGCCAGGCGACGCAUCCAGCGGAGUCAAGAGGAAAGGCGCGAAGCCGAGUGGCACCCAGGUCCAAAUGUUCUGGAACCUGGAGAGGACGGUCGAGUCUUUCCUGGCAGCAGGCCCGAAGUUGCCAGAGCAGACCGCCGCCACUUUCCUGACGUCCAGGCAGGUCACCUACACCGGGGAGGUCGUCAGGAAGGCAGAGGACCUCUCAUGGUCCCGAGUGCUGCCGAGCUUGCCGCCGCUUGCGCGAUGUGCAUCGCUGGACGUCAUGUCCCUGUGCGACACCAGGAUGCAGGAGUGGUUCAGUCGCCCCGAGCUCACGUUGGUGCCGCUGGAGUCAGUCAGCGAGAGACCACGCCCAGGCCGGGUGAUGUGUGAGCCGCCGUCGCGCAUUCCCCUAGGGAGAGGUCUCCUCGAACGUGGGCUGGUGGUGCCGCUUCGAGAGCAGGACCUCAUCGCAGUGGCGGGGCAGCCCCUUCUGAACGGGCUUUUCGGGGUCCCGAAGGGAGAGCCCUCGCCGAAUGGUGACCCUGGGACCUUGAGGCUCAUCAUGAACUUGACGGCGACCAACUCCCUCACGGUCGACUUCGAGGGGGACAUUGCGGCGCUUCCCUACUUCGCACAGUGGCGCUCGCUCAUCAUCGGCCCAGGUGAGGAGCUCACGUGGUCUUUCGACGACCUCAAGGGCGCCUUCUACCUGUUCAGGCUCCCAAAGUGCUGGGCGCCGCUGUUCGCGUUCGACGUCAAGUUCACGCCUCGGGGGCUCGGGCUGCAGGGGCAAUGGCCGAGCAGCGUCUACCUCGGGGCGGUCGCGAUGCCCAUGGGGUACAAGAGCGCGAUGGGGCUCGUCCAGUACCUGCACCGCCGCAUGCCGGUGCAGGGCCUGCAGUCUCCCCUCGGCCUUCCGCAGGCGAGGGGGAUCCGCAAGGGCCGCGGAGUGCCAGCCUUGCGAGUUGGGGGAGGCAUGCGCGAUGUCUGGCAGGUGUAUUGCGACGACGCCGACUACGCGGAGAAGGUCGAGCGGCGUGCGUGCGAGCCCCACUCCGCCGAGGGGGGCCAUGUUGAGGAGAGCGGUGACGAUGGGCGCUUCGCCCAGGCGGUUCGCGCCAAGUACCGCGCCCUCGAUGUCCCUCUCAGCGAGAAGAACGGGCUGGCGGUGCAGCUGACGCUGCACCUUCUGUGCUCCAAGGUCAGCAGGAAGGACGUGCAGGUGGUGGCAGGGCGCUGGUGCCACCUCGACUGCUUCCGUCGGGAGUGCUCCUGCGUCUUCACGCGCGUCUCGAAGCUGAUCAACGCCUGGACGGGGCCGCCUCGGCCGUAUCUGUCUCCAGCUGUGAGCGCGGGUCGUGCAGCCGGGAGAGACGAGGUCGGACUGGUGGAGCUCUUCAGCGGCAUCGGGGGCGGCAGGAUGGCCUUCGACCGCCUGGGGAUUGAGGUCGCCGCCCACGCCACCGCAGAGCUGCUGCCCGAGGCUCGGCGCGUCAGCCAUCAGCAGUGGCCGUCAGCGAUGGAGCUCGGAGACGUGACCAAGAUAACGUUGAAAACCAUCAAGGCCGUGAUGUCGAAGGCGCCCCACUUGCGCGUCGUGUUCGUGAUAGGGGGACCCCCGUGCCAGGGGGUCGCUCGCAUCAACGCCUUUGGGCAGGGUUGGGCCGAGGACCGCGCGCGACUGGUGCAAGAGCUACCUCGCGCAGCAGGCCUUGUGCGAGCCGCCCUCCCGGAUGCCCAGGUAUUCACCCCGGGCGAGAACGUCAGCUCGAUGACGGCCGCCGACAGGGGAAGAUUCAACCAGGUCAUGGGAGUCGCGCCCGUGGAGCUCUGCGCCAGCGGGGGCAGUCCGGCCAAGCGGCCGAGGCUCUACUGGGUCGACUGGCCGCUCGGGCCCGAGACCUCAGAGUUCCAGUGCCAGCAGAAGGACGAGGUCAUCGAGGCAGUGCUCACUGGCAGCUGGCCGAGUUGGGCAGAGCAGCUCGAGCAGGGUGCGCGCCGUCCGCGGGGAGAGAAGGGAGCGUGGGCCACCUUUGUGCGCCCCAUCCCUCGCGAGAGGCCGCCACCUUCCCCAGCGGGGCUGGGAGUGGCCGACCAGGCUGCCCGUGAGCGCUGGGCGGCGAACAAGUACCGCUACCCGCCGUACCAGUACCGCAGGGACAACCAGGUCGAGGCAUCCGCCGCUUCGGCGAGGACUUGGGAGUCGGGCGCCAAGUACAGGCUCCGACCUCUGACCAUCAGAGAGCGGGCUGUGCGCCUAGGGUUUCCCUGGAACCAUUGCAGCUGGGCCGUGCCCAGGUCCGAGUCGGGGUCUAUCGACGAGGACGUCAAGUGCUCGCUGCUGGGUAACUCCUUCUCAGUCCCGGUGGUAGCCUUCCUGCUUGGAAGAGGUUUGGCGGCCGCUGGAGUCUGGGGCGAGCCGCCGACUGUCGCCGAGUGCUGGGGAGCCCCAGGUGGGGAGGGAAGCCUCUACCUGGAGUUGCUGCUGGACGCGCCUGCCGCCGAGGCAACCCCCGAUCAAGUGCACCGCGCCCUUUGCGAGUCACUUGCGCGGAACGCCAUCUUCAAGGGCAGCGACGCGCGCGCCGCGACGGGAGGCCUUCGGAAGCAUGCGGGUUGGCCAAGGAGAGGCGUUGAUGCAGAUCGCUGGCUCUGGCGCACUUGCCUGCGCUUCAAGCAGGGAGGCGCGCGCAUCAACGUCUUGGAGCUGCAAGCCCUCUUGACCGCCGUGUCUUGGCGUAUGAGGAGCCGUGCGAACAUGCGCACGAGCUGUAUUCAUUUCUGUGAUUCUCAGGUUUCCAUAGCAGUGGCCUGCAAGGGCAGGUCGCAGUCCCGCCAGCUUCAAUCCAUCCUCGUGCGCUUGAACGCGCUCCUGCUAGCCACGUCCAGCCACCCAGUUUGGGUCUUUGUUCGGUUGGAGCUCAAUCCG